ACCGAGAGUCGCAGUGAGGGCAGUACUAACCGCACGAGCCCCUUUAGGGCAGUGAAGGUGCGCGUGAGGAGCAGGACGCGCUCGUGCGAGGCAGCUUUGGAGCUAUUGAUAUGCAGAUGGGGACCUCGGAGGUUGCCAGGAGACCCGCCGCUGCAUCCGCGCCGUAGUCGCCCGAUGAUCGCGGGCUCCCAGCAUCCGUCCAUGGCGGGGUGACGUGGCAGUCGGCCGUCACGGGUCCGAGUCCUUCAGUUUGCACGGAUGCAGCGUUUCCAGACAAAAGAUGCACAGGCACUGUUCCCACUUGUUGGCCCCGCGAGUCACUGCGUCGUCUCCGGAGACGUCGGAGGGCGCAGGUGCACGCGCACAGUAUCGAGCAGCAUCCUUAAUGCGAAGGCAGCCGUGCCACGCUCCGCAUGCGACGAACAAGACUUCAUCACAACAACCUCGGUUUCAAACGCCACCACACACGUGGUGAUCGGACUGCCAAUUAGCUGCAAAAUGUGUCUGACGUCACCGCGGUGAAGCGUGGCGUUGUGCAGCUCCGUUGAGUUCCGUUGAGUCUGCAAACAACAGCCAGUCGCCCAAAUAAGACGCGUUUACUGCGACUAAAAGUACAGUAUAAGUUUACUUGAUGGCACAACUUGUAAUGAGGGGCCUCAAGUUGAUACGACACUAACAAAUGAUUGAUUAAUUAGUUGCACUGGCUGCUCUGAUGUUUCCUUCCCUUUAUUUGUGUCGACCUGUUCGUAUCAAGCUGAAGCUGCGCGUGUUGCUCAUAGCCCCUCCCACUUUUCCCCUUGCUUGUCUGACCCACGCACAUUUGACUUCAGACUAAGCCUUCGGCCCCAGGAGUCUCCCCCGUCUUAGCAGCUUUGCUUUGGGAGCCAAUCAGCUUAAGGUAAUCUGCACAUGUCCAAGAGUUUUGCUGGGGCGACAUGUCACCUGUCCUGAAAAUGAACCGUGUGCACCAUCAUCAUGCAGCUGACCCACACAGAUGAGUCACAUCUCACUUCUUCUGGGGUCAGAGCUGUCUGACUUGGAUGAGGGCGGGUCGGGUCCGGUCCGGUCCGGUCGCCAUGGCUGGUGCCAUGUGUUCGUCCAGUCGCCUCCCUCCGGCCCAUUCCACCCGGUUUCACCAGCUUAACCGUGGCUUUAGCAUCUGCGCAGUAAAUAUAGGGCAGAGCCGUCUGCUCCUCUGCCUGGUGGUUUAAAGCAGCAAAGCCCAAGCCGUGACUUUCAGUCGGCGCCGGGACAACGUCUCUGCAUGUCCGCGAUGGGGCUGAGGUCCAGGAGCAGAGGACGAAGAGAGCCCCAAAGGGAGCAGGAGGUGAAAUUCGAGGAGAGCGAAAUGAUUCCCAAGUCGGCAAAAUCUCCAGCGGACUCGCGGAAAAGCGCGGGCAUCCACGAGUUUGCGGCGCUCGCCAGAUCCUCCUUGAACGGUUUCUCGCAGGCGGUGAGGGACCACGUGACGAAGCCCACCUCCCUGGCCCAGGGCAGGGUGGCCCACCUCAUAGAAUGGAAAGGCUGGCCCAAACCCGCGGCGCCCCCCCCGGCCGCCCACUUCAGCUCCUACUGCCACCUGACGGAGGGGGAGAAGGAGGCGCGCUUCGCUGCAGGUGUGGCCGAGCAGUUCGCCAUCGCCGAGGCCAAGCUGCGUGCCUGGGCCUCUGUGGAUGAGGAGGACGAGGAGGAGGAGGAGGACUCCAACGAUGAAGACUCCCGCCCCAACGGUGCGACCCGCGGCCUCUCCAGCCGGAGCUCAGACGCCGCCACCUCCGGGCCCGCUUUCAGAGCGGCGCGCCGGCCUGAGGUGGAGCGCGGCGUGGCCCCGCCCCCCCCCGGCCCCGGCGGCGCCGCCUCCCCCGGCGACCCGCCCUCCCCCCGCAGCGACUCGCCCACUGCGAGCUCCCUCCUGGAGGAGGACGAGGAGCGGCCGGAGCCCCUGCGCGACCAGGUGUGCGUCCAUCACAAGCCCGAGUGGAGGCCGCGGAGCAGCAGGUUCGACUCCUGCUACUCCACAUCCCGCUCCGAGUCCCCCGGGGAGGAGGAGGAGGAGGAGGAGGACGAGGACGGCAGCGUGUUCCACGAGGUGCGGGUGUGGCACUGCAGCCCGAGGAGCUUCUUCUCCGACCAGGGUUCGUCUGGGGUGGCGUCCUUCGAUGAGGAGGAGGAGGAGGCGAGGGAGGAGAAGGAGGGAAAAGAGUAUUUGAUGUGAUGUGGUGUCCAUCUUCAUGUCUCUUUGAGUCUGUGUCGAUUCUGGAUAUGACAUAAUGUGUUCUGCUUUCACUGUAAACCUCCUCCUCCUCCUCUGAUCCUCUCUCCUCCACUCGCUGCCUUCUGUCGCUCAUCCUCCAGGCCUUUCGUGUACAGAUCUGUUUAUCUCUGAUGUGAACAGUAUAUAUAUAUAAAUACAUAUAUGGGAGAGUUCAACCAGAAUGUAAAGCUGUUGUUCAAACUGAGUUUUGUACAUUUCUGUGAAGACUCGUGUGCGUGUGUGUGUGUGUGUGUGUGUGUGUGUGUGUGCUGCAUUGGUUUUCUAUGGGCAUUUUGUAGUGUUGUUCUACUCAUGUGGGUCGGGCCGUGUUUGAUACGAGCGUCUGAACAUCCUGCAUAUAAACAGAACCUUUUUGAAAGCAAA